GGCUGUUUCACUAUCCCAUCCGACUCCAAUUUUCCCUACGAAGCCUAUUUAUAUAAACAUUCAAAGCUUUUAUUCCACGAAAAUCAUGAACCAGUCUUGAGUUAGUUUUUUUUUUCAUUUCGAUUUUUAAAUAAAUCCCACAGAGUCGGAUCGGACAAUGAUAAUUGAUCGUGUCACAACAGUUGUCACUCAUUCAUCUUAUUCCUUGAAUCCAUUAAUGAUAUGCAAAUGAUCAAAAGAAACCUUCUUUGGUAUUAAAAAAAGAAAAUGCCGUCAUUCUUCCCAAGAUCACGAAUUGUGUGUACUGACAAUAGCCCAACUCAUGAAAGAAAACGCACGUGUUCGGUUUGUUUACACCGCGACGUCACAGCUGACAUUGCGCAAUACCCGCUGUCAAUGAAAUUCCAUUGCCCAAGCCCGCUGUUCGAUGAGCGCUCACCGCACGUUAAUUGAUGUAACUUCACAGAUUAUGUCUUCAUCUCACAUGUAUGUUACCCGGCCCAGGGUAAUUAAUGGAUUCUAUGCACAGAUCAAACGAUAUCGCUUUUACAACAGAUUACAGUAUAAAUUUGCGAGGGACAUAAGAUAUCGACAAAUGCAAAACUUGUUUUGUUUUGAUCAAAUCAUUUCACUUCGUAAAAUUACAAAAUUCCACGUUGCAUGAACUGCGCAGUAUACGGCAGUUACCAUCAAUUCAACUAGCAACCGAACUUUUAAUAGCGACCACUAUAAUCAUGCAAGUCAUUUAUUCUGGGCGCGAUGACUGUGGAGAGUGCCUCCCCCCCCCCCCCAUCCAACCGAACGAGUAGGCCGGUUCAGCUAUAGUUAUAGGCCACAAAGGCAGUUUUUUAAAGAUGACGUAUUCAAAACUAGAAAGGCAUUUUAGGGAUUAGACCUCGUGGCUGCAUGAAAACCAAAGCGGAUUCUCGCACCCCUCCCCCCCCCCAUUUCACGCCACACCCCUCUCGUUCUCUCUUAACAUACAUAAACAGAUAAAAGGAAAUAAUUAUCACUUGAUUCUGGUAUGGUAUGAGGUUGCACAUACCUUCAGUGUACUUUCAAUUAGAUUACUACUGAAACUGAGAGCUUUAGUAGGCGAAUCUGAUUAAAUAUACGUCAUCCUUUCAUCUCAUAAAUAUUCAACUGCGACGAUGAGAGUAAGAGCAUUAUUAUCGUGACGUCACAAUUUAGCGACCAUCCCCAUGAAGACAUAUUAAUAGCUGAUUGACAUGGGGGAUUUCCCUAAAAAGUUGAUAUAUAUGAGUGAGCUACCAGCGAAGCUCAGUAAACGCCUUGUCGGCUCUCUGUGCGGACGCUUCGACAUUUUAGCUCUCAAAUUUUAUAUGACUUUCACUCUUUUCAAAAUAUUACGAGGAAUAUUGUACUGAACUUCAAGAUUCUAUUCCACAACUCUGCAGUCUCAGUGAAUGAUUUCACGAUGCGAUUGACUCUACAAAAAUUGAUAUAUGGGUGGCUGGUGGUGUGUGCAUAUUUAUCAGUUAAACCAGUUACUGCCAAUUACUCUGCCCAAUGUGGGAAAUUUACAUACAUGCCCACACUUCAGACAUGUUGUGGGGGUCGUGUGCAUAGCACUCCUGUGGCACUUGGUAUGGAAUUCAGAUGCUGUGGAGAUGAUCUCUACCCUAUGGACAACUCCUGGCAAUGUUGCGGCAACAAAAAGAUGGAGUUGAGGGAAGAUGCAGUCUGUUGCAACAAUGAAAUCAUCAACUCCACCACCCAUGAGUGCUGCGGUGAUCGGCGCACAUCUCAACUCCAACAUCCAAAACAACAAGGACAUGAAUGUUGCGGCACAUCGUACUAUGAGAAAGAAAGGCAAACAUGCUGUAGUCAAGAUAGCUAUUCUCCCCACGUCGCUGACGGAGUCGGCUCGUGCUGUGGGUCGCAUACCUACGAUGCCUCCUCCGAGAUCUGCUGCCCUCUACCAACAGGGGGCAUGGAAUCCCAUGUUGUUGGAGAGUAUGGUGUGCUGCUUCGAGAGACUGAGUGUUGCGGGGCUGGCUGGAUUAAUAAGACCACCCAUAUAUGUUGCCAGGGUGAAGCGCAUCCACGAGGUUAUGGCCCUGCAAGUUGCCAUGGCAACCAACCGUAUGACCCGACCAGGCAAGUGGAAUGUGGGGGCAGCCUGCACGACAUCCAAGAUGGAAAGACGGAAUGUUGCCGUGGGAAUCUCAUCAACCCAAACGAUGAGCCUUGCUGUAAUGAUCCGGCUCUCCUGCAGAAAUCUCCAUUCUCUUGCUGUGGAUAUAGUUAUGGAAGAGAGAUCUACGACCCUACCCGGUCGUCGUGCGUCAGAGGCAUUAGAACAGAGUACCCCGAGGUGAAAGGUCAAUACAACCUAUGGGGACUGUGUGAUGGGUCAAGGUAUGCCAGCACACUCCACAUCUGCUGUGGUGGGCACCUGUCAUCCAAAUUUGAGGAUUCGCGCUGCUGUGGUUCAAAAUCUUACAGAUACAAAGAGCAAUUCUGUAUUGAUGGAAGCAUCGUUGUGGAUAAAAUAACCUCCAAUGCAGAAAUCUGUACCACUUCUGGCCGGGAGAUGGAUCUACAGUAUGAUCCAGAGACCCAGACCUGUUGCAGGGAAUCGUGGGAGUUCCAGUAUUGGAGGGUCUUCAACAGUACAGAGGGGGAGUGCUGCUUACUCUCGCAGACCGAGGUUGUAUUCACUGAUCCGAUGUCAGAAACGUGCUGCAAAGCCGGAGAACAUCAGAAGGUACAUCCAGUCCCACGCGGUGAGGGAGAAUGCUGCGGACCGGAAAUGAUUGUCCAAGGAAAGCAACUUUGCGACGACGCAAUGCAAGAAGUGGUUGACAUCCCUGAAAACAGAACCCACGAUAAAGUCUGCGUCCCAUUAGAUCGGGAGCAUAAUAACAUACGCCAGACUUAUGACAGCAACAGGGAGUUUUGUUCCGAUGAUGGUGAGAUCAUUCCCAGAGCUGAAGGCAAGGACCUCUGUGGGGGGCAGAUCUAUGACACCGACACCCACGGCUGCUGCGGAUCACGUAUCUAUAGACUCGUCACUCAGCAGUGUUGUGAGUCCAGUGUUCAGCCUAGGGUAAAUGAUGAAGGGCUCCCUCUAGAAUGCUGCGGACUACAGGCCUACCAUUCCGUCACAUCCACCUGUUUCUAUGGAAGCGUAAUUGAUGGCAUCCCCCACAUCAAUGCAAGAUUGUGUGGAUCAGAGUUGUACGAUAACAGCCGAUACGACUGCGUUAACGGCGGAGAGCUUGUACCACAAGAAGCUGGCCCUCACAUCAGACUAUGUGGAAGGACGAGAGAGGUCUAUGAUAAGAGAGAUCAGGAAUGCUGUGGAGAACAUCUUAUUGGUCGGGGACAAACCUGUUGCCAUGGAAACCAAUAUCAAACACCAGGGACAUCAUUGAGAGAAGGCCAGUGCUGUGGAGCAAUUGGUUUUAAUCCCUCGACUCACAGUUGCUGCAUGGGCUCCCUCACCCCUACCAGUGGAAUGGAAGAUCCCGCUUGCUGCCUGGAUCGGGCAUACGACCGAUCCGAACUGAACAUCACAUGCUGUGGUGGGAAGCUUAGUAGGAAGGCGGAGGAGGAGACGGAAUGCUCGAUGGCCGAUGGAGUGGUUCACAGACUGGACGAGAUUGUGUGUAAUGGUGUUAGACACCCAGCUGGACAGGGACAGUGCUGCGGAUCCGACCUCUACGACCCGACAACGGAACUGUGCUGUGAUGGGUUCAGAUAUGAAGCAGAAGAGAACAGCGUUUGCUGUGGGAAUAAGCCAUACCAGACUAAUGGGAGUCACUUAUGCUGUAACGGAACCCUCCGCACACAGGCAGAAGGGAAGGAGUGUUGUAACCGUGCUGCCUUCUACCCUUCCUCUCACCAGUGCUUCUCAACAGGAGGACAGGAUAUCAUCAUCCAGCUCCUGGAUGACCAUACAUCAUCUGCUACAGAUGCAUUCUGCAUCGAGGGGUCCUACGACCCGACCAACCAGACCUGCUGUGACGGCCUCCUCUACAAUGGCCUCAGGGAGUGCUGCGGCAACCGAGUGAUCGAAGCGCCCUCUGACGAAAUCUGUUGCAACGGUGCCAUCCAGCGGAAGAUAUACGGUGAGGAAUCCCAGUGCUGCCCAUCGGGUCAGAUCAUGCAUCAGUCGCUAAGGUGCAACCCGUACCAUUCUGAAUUUGGUCAUCAGCUUUGUAAUGAUACCGAGUUCUUCCCGCUAACCCAGGGAUGCUGUGCGGGCAGGGUCUAUUCUCUGAGCGAUGCCCAGUGUAGAGAUGACAAGGUCUUCUUACUGUGUGGUGAAGACUUCUACUCUCCAGAUGAACAGACUUGCUGUAAUGGUUCCCUGACUGAUAUCCCCAAUGGACAAUGCUGUCAGAAUACUGCCUUUGACCCGACAUCCAAGAUCUGUUGCCAAGGGUAUGUGCGUCGCAUCCGCAGAGGUAGAAACCAGUGCUGUGGUGCAUUAGCGUUUGACAUCAACAAAGAGAUGUGCUGCGCAUCGGGACCUACCAGAAAACCCCGUACAGAACGAAGAUUUCAGAAGAUGGACAACGGUAACUGCUGUAAGCGAGGUCUUCAACCAAACUUUACAACGGGAUACUGUGAUGCCAUUCCAUUGGUGUGUAUGGGUCUUGAACGUGGAGGUUUGUGGAAGGAAGCAUCUGACGAUUGCGGCAAGGAUUUCACCUUCAGUUUCAUCGCCCGGCAUAUCGACACCAACGACACCCACACCGCCAUCCAGCUCGACGUCGUCCACCAUAUCCUACCUCACAACGGCAAUCUCAAGUUGAACACCCUGAUUCUACCAGCGGACACAGAGUGCAGGAAGUUGAAAGAGGGGGAGAGAUACAUAGUCCUCUCCUCAGGAAAUGUAGAAGGUACUUCUCUUUGGCUGACCAAGCAAGAUUUCUUGGGAAACUACCAAACAAGAAUCAUUAACAGGUUACAUCUCAGAAGCUGUAUUUAAUCUUUAAAUUUUUUUUUCAAGACUACUAAGUAAACUGUACCAGUUGAAAAUAUUGUGUAUUUCUAUUAUCGAUUUGUUGUUUUUACCGAUGUAGCUCAUUUUGAGCCCAAAAUAUCAAGAAAGGAAGAUGCGAAAGAAUGAAAAAAAAAGAAAAAGAGAUUGGUUUUACUUUAGCAGUAAGGAAUCAUGAAUUUCAUGUGCUAGUAUGGAUUGAAGAGAAUUGUUAGGGUCAAGUAAGGUUGUUGAAUUCCGACUAUAUUUGCACAUUAAGCGAGAAAAAGGGUAUAAUAUUUAUGCCCUUUUUUUAUUUUAAUGUAAAUUGUAUGCCUCAAAGAGGUGUCUGUACAUACUGAAUAUAACUAUUUAUUUCAUUGUGUAAGUUCGUAUUUAAUAUUGGAUGUGAAUGGUCUACAUUAUUUCUUCUUAUGUUUGCAAUAUAUUUGUGUAAUAUGUUGACCUACAUGUACAUGUAUAUUGAUUGUCUAGCUACCAAGAAUUAAUUGAUACAAAUAUUAGAGAUGGCAACAAUUAUAUGCAUUGCCGAUAUGGUAUGUUAAUUACGAGGUCAUUAGGAGCAAGCAGAAAAUGCUGAUUUUGUUUGCAGGAUAGGCAACUAUGGGAUACAAUUUGUAUCAAAAUUGUAUUGACAUAUCUACUUCUUGAAUUCCUUUCACCAUAUGUUUUUUACUUGCUUUAUAAUGGUUAUGUUUAGCAUCCAUGAUGCUUUCCAUUUUAUAUUUUUCUGAUAAUUUUAAAUAUGGAUGUAUAUUUUUACUUUUUUCUUCAUCUACCGUCAUAAUUAUAUAUUUGAUUUUGUAGGGAAUAUUAUAUCUAUUAUUUCAAAACAGGACCAAAUCUUUAGUGAGUGAAUAUAUGAGAAUGGUCAAAACCUCAAAGCUUAAAUAUUAUCAUGAAUGUUGCUAAUCAAACAUUUUCCACUUCUUAGAAAUUAACAGUACCGAUAUACUUAUCAUUAGGAAACUAUCUGUCUAGAUCAAUAUUAGAAAUCUGAUUUCAACAAUUAUCUCCAGAAUGUGAGAGUGUAAUUAUGUAAAUGUAAUCUUCAAAUGUUUUGAACUUUUGAAUACAAUUAUUUAUUUUACUAUUUUGACAUUUUCAUUUUCUCAGAACUUUACAGUACUGUUAUCGUUAGGAAACUAUAUUUCUAGCUUGAUAUUAGAAAUCUGAUUUUUACAUCUAUCUCUAGAAUGCAAGAGUGGAAUUUUGUAAAUGUAAAUUUCAAGAGAUCUGACCCUCUUAUUCAAUGAAACGCUCAAUAAUGGAAUAAAGCACAAAAAUUGAAUGAAUAUCAGUUCACUGCAGAGUACAAGUACUAUUCAAAUGUUGUUAAUACAAAUAUUUCUUGUAGCUAUUCUUUCAUUAUAGAUAACAAUUGACGAGAUUCAUGUGUUGAGGAAUUGUAUAAUGAAAAAAAAUGUAUUAAAAAUAAGAAAGCUUUGUCAAGUUUUGUAUAGAGUACUAGAAAUAACUAAAAGGAAAGAAUAAUUUUCUAGGAUUAAUGGCUGUUAGAAGCAUUGGCGGUGGAAGCCAAAAAAUUUAGGGGGGUCCACCUGAAAUUUUGUGAUGGUCACAGGUGAAAAAAAUUGACAAGCAAAAAAAAAAUCAACCUCAAAUUCAAGGGGCGACCUGUCCCACCCCCGCUUCCCCCGCCUAUGUUUAGAAGCAGUUUUUUUUUAUUCUGUACAUGUGUGAUAGAGUUUAAUGUGCUGUAGGAAUAAUGUAUGAAAUUUACCAAUAGUCCAGGAAUACAAAAGAUAGUGACAUUUGUGAAUUAAACUUUGCUAUACUAAGUAAUUUUUUUUUUUAAUGUAAGUGUAUCAUGUAAUGAAAUGGAAGAUAAUGUUCCAUGUAGGCCAUUUUAUGUAGAUUAAAUGUUGAAUAAUCACGGCCCAGUAGCAUUUACUGGAUAAAGCUCAUCAUUGAUGCUAAAGUAUUUUGCAUUUUCCUUGCCAAUUAGGGCCAAGGUGAGUGUUACAUAAAGCUGUUCAUAAGUGUAGAGAGACUUUAAGAACGACUGGUGAACCUUUCUUGUGGUAAAUGAUAUUGACCAUUACUCGUUGGUAUUUAGCACGUACUGAAGGCUCACCAGUCGUUCUUAAAAGUCGCUCUUAACUUUCAAACACCUUUGUGAAAUGGUCCCCUGUACCAUAAAACUUAGCUAUUGAUAGUAGGGUUGGUUUUUACGAUUGAUUUCAUUGAUUAUUGUGUAUGAUCAAUCAUAAAAAACAGCCCUACAAUCAAUCGCUGAGCUUAACAUUGCAGGGCCCUGAAUGCAUUUUAUAAUGUCUACUUAUUUUUGAAAUAUCAUUGACCUUGCAUGAGCUGGUAAGCUGACACUAGUCAGGUAUUGUAACAAGAUAACUUUCAUCUUUGGCUCUUUUACUCUGUAACCCAUUUAAAUGUGAUUUUGUUCAAAUUGAAGCUUAACCCCUUGCCUCUUGGAAAUGUUUGAUCCCUGUAUGAAACCUAUGGGAAUCAGAGGAUCUAGUAGUCAGUGGGUCAAUUCCUUGGUUCCCACGGUUUGCCAUUGGUGAGGUUGACUGCAAAGAUAUUCUAUGAGAGCAGGUGUUAAUAUACCUUGUUUCCUGAAUAUGUAAUUAUUAAGAUAGAUUUGUCAUUGAUAAGGUAUAGUUAAAGAUGUCCUAUGCAGUAUUAUCAAGAUAUCCUACGAAGUAUGAUUAUUAAGAUAUCCUAUAAAAUAUGAUUAUUAAGAUACCCUAUGAAGACAACCUUCCUUGUUUCCCUGAAUAUGUCAUAUUGAAGUUAUUGCCUUUUUCCAAUCAUCACCUUUGAUCCUGUGUAUUCAAAGUAUUAAUAUGCUCAAUGCCAGAAAGCCACUUUGAUGAAAAUGUACUUAAGUUCAACAUAAUUGCACCUGAACUUUAAUGAUUAGAUU